AUGCCUCCAGUACCACAACCUCAAGGCCAUCCCGGUGGCCAGACCAUCUGGAACAAACCUGUCGGUGCUAUAUUGGGGUUUAUGUAUGUCGAGCAUGCGCUAUUAUGGGGUGGAGGGAAGCACGUCUACCUUGGCAGCAGAUGGAAACCGGCGAAUGCUUUGUAG